AUGUCAUUAAUAACAAAUCGAUGUUGUUGUGUUACUAUGAUAGCUAGUUUAUGUUUAGUUCUUCUGGCAGCAAUAUUAGGAGUCGUUAUUAUGCUUGCAACAACAUCAACAAGUUCAAGUACAUCAAUAACUACAAGUACAACAUCAUCAACAAGUUCAAGUACAUCAACAAGUACAAGUACAACAUCAUCAAGUUCAAGUACAACAUCAUCAACAACUAGCACUUCCACAACAACAACCACCACAGUAACAGAUGUUCUUGGCUGUAUUCGAUCAAUACCGACCUCAACAGUGAACAAUACUUGUAGUGGUCUUCAUUGGAAUCAAACAGGUGUAACUGUUGCUACUGGUUUUAAAAAAACCACUGGCGAUGGUCACAACAUUGAGCAAUGGGAUCAAUGUUCAUCAAGUGGUGUGGUAGUAGCAGGUAGUAAUACUAGUGCUUCAGGUUCAACUUCGAUAUUAUUUAAUCAUCCGGAAGAUGUUACUUUUGAUACAAAUGGAUAUAUGUAUGUGCCUGAUACUGAUAAUGAUCGGGUACAACGUUUUCCUUCUGGUUCUAAUGUAGGUACUACUGUUGCUGGAACUGGAACAGCAGGAAGUACAUCGAGCACUUUAAAUAAACCACAAGCGGUUGCUAUUGAUUCGAAUUCUAAUAUUUAUGUAGUUGAUGUAGGCAACAAAAGCAUAAUGAAAUGGGCUCCAAAUGCCACUAGUGGUACUCUUUGGCUAAGUGACAGCGACUUAGAUAAGACAGUUGAUAUUGUUAUAUCACCAACUGUAACAAAUAGAAUAUAUACAACUAGAGACGACAAAGAUGUAAUAUAUUCAUGGACAAAUGGUGCAGCUAGUUCACCAGCGACUAUUUAUCAAGUAAAUGAUACUUCUAAGAAUACUCUAAAUAAGCCAAGAGGCAUGACUUUUGAUAAAUAUGGUAACAUGUAUGUUGCCGAUAGAGACAAUGAUCGAGUAGUGAUGUAUUGUGCAAAUUCAACAGUUGGUAUCGUGCUUGUUGACGAUAGUACUACAUCACCUAAGCUUGAUAAACCAGUGGCUGUUGCAUUAGAUUCAAAUCUUAACUUGUAUGUGGUCUCGGAAUCUGGUAAAAACGUGAUCGAAUACGGACGACUGUGA